CACCGGGACUCGAACGCGCGGCGCCCUGCCACCACAGGCACACAGAAGAAAAAACAGGGGAGGCAGGCGACUUAACCCUACUCCCCCUGUCCCCUGACCAGAGGAGCGGGCCCCCUUUCGAUGGACGGGGCAGCCCACGUCGCCGGCGACUUGGCGGAGGCCGACAGGGCCUCCUCCUCGGCGUCUUCCACCGGCUCGGCCUCCCGGCGCUCCCGGCCGCACAGGGGGAUUCCCCUGCGGCGGCGCCGGCCGUUGUCCGCUCGGAGAGGACAGGGCGGCGACGGCGACGGCGGCAAGGGCGUCGGUGACGGCGUGCAGGACCUCGCGCUGCCGCUGGGGAUGUCCUUCGCGGCGGUUCUCGCCCAGGUUCUGAAUAAAAGCGGCGGUUCUGGAAGCAGAUUACAACCUGAUUUUCUUUCAAAGAUGUGUACCUCAGCAGUGAAGGAGUCCUUAACAAAUAUAUAUGGAGACAGGUUUGAUAGUUUCAUGGGAAACUUUGAGAAAUCAUUUGGCAGUACACUGAGGACCCUUCAUCUACUCAACGAGGCACCUGCCUGUGAGCAAGAUAUCCCUCAAUCUUCUCACGGUGAUGGUAAUCCUGUGGCUGAGACCAAAUUGAGUGGCGCUGACUCACAAGGCCCGAUACCUGGUGUCCAGCAGAAUACACACUUGAAUUCCACGAAUAAGCAGAUUAUUCUUCACACGGGUGUCAAUCAGCAGCUGAUUCAGCUACCUCGUAGCAGAUCUAGUCCAGAAUGUGAUCAGGACAUCCUUAAUGUAUUUGAGAGAUCUCUGAAUGAGCAAGUUCGUUCGAAUGAGCUCAAGGAACUUGAAAUUGGGCUUAAUAUGAGGAAGUUGCAACUAAAGCAAUCUCAUUUAGCUCUCAGCUCCUACUCACACAUGUUAGAGAAGAUCAAGAUCUCUAUGGGAUUUCAGAAAGCUGCUUUCAGAGAGGAGAAAUUAAAGACUCAAAUGCAGGACACGAGACAUGCUGAACUCCUCAAGAGGCUUAUAGAUAUGCUUCUGACAGCAGUAGUUUUUAUGUCUGCCUGUUUCGGAUAUGGAACGUAUAUUUAUUCGUACCAGCGGAUAACCGCUGUUACUGCAGCCUGUGCAGCUGCUUCAAAGGAGUCCAAAUCUUGGUGGAUGCCAAAUUCUGUAUCAGCUUUCAACUCAGGAUUGCUGUUUCUUAGAUGUCACUUGAUUGCAGCAACAAGGAUAUCAUUUGGCAUGCUGAUGAUUCUAUUGAUCGGUUGGUUGAUAUUCCAGCGUUCUGCAAUGACAGGACCCAACAUGCCAAUAACAUUCAAUCUUGUGUUAUUGGGAGGUGUUUGUGGUUUUGUUGGAAGGUUCUGCGUUGACACACUGGGUGGGGAUGGAAAUGUUUGGCUCGUAUUCUGGGAGAUCCUUUGCGCCAUCCAUUUACUUGGAAACAGCUAUCCAUCUCUUCUAUACCGUGGUCUUUAUGGUCCUAUUUCUGUGACGCACAGACCCAAGGCUCUCGGUUUGCCAUAUUGGGUUCGCCGGUACAUAUUCUACGCUGUGCUGUCUUUGAUCCUUCCAUGCUUGGCUGGUUUGUUGCCGUUCGCAUCUCUAUCAGACUGGAGCGAACACGCAGUUGAAUAUAUGAAGUCCAGAUUCACUGGAAAUGACAUUGAGACUUGAGAGACCAGAUGUGGCCAUUAGCAUGGGAGCAGAAACUUCAGAAAAUUCGUCAGGCAGAACAACAAUGAGCGCAUGCGCCAGGUUGGACCUGUUUUCUGAAGAUGAAGUCAGUGUAGUAGGAGUGUCAUCUUCUGGCCUGAAUCUCCCUUCCUACUUAGGUGAACCAAGUUUUGAUGGUUGUGCUCUUUUGUCACAACCGUUAUGUAAUUUCGCCUAUGUAAUUUCUCCCCUUUGGGAAUGUUCAAUACAUCAUCAUGAGGACAAUUUAGUUGUCUAUAUGUUUUAUGACUC